AUGUUUUGUUUGCUGUGCAGACUCCAUGAUACAUGUACGAAAAGAAACAAGGACUACACGUGGAACACCAAACCAUGUGUUAGAAUGAUAACUCAAGCCAUUCAGCUGCACUUCAAUAGUGACAUGCACCAUUCUGCAAUUGAAAAGGAGCAUCUCAAGCAAAUUUCCCCUUUCCAGAAAGAGCAUGAAUCAAGGAAGCAAUGUGAAAAUGAAGUAUUGAACAAAGUCUUUAUGUCCAUCUACUGGUUGGCAAAAGAAGAGAUUUCUAACACAAAACUUUUGUCCCUUUUAAACUUGAUGGAACGGGCAGGUUUACAAAACCUCAAACAUUUUACAUAUACUGGGGAAGGUACACAGCAAGAAAUGUUUCUCAUUCUAGGGCAAGUUGUGAAGGACAGAGUAACUGAAAGAGUGAAUAAGUCCAAAUUUUUUGGCUGUCUUGUUGAUGAAGUGACAGACGUUUCUGUUCUUCAACAGUUUGUCACUUUUGUUAAGUACGUCCAUGAGGGGAAAAGCAGGACUGAGUUUUUGCACACAGAACAUGUCUGA